AUGUUGCCACGCCAACCUUCAUUGUCACCUAACGGUCAAAAGGCUGAUUUACUUCAACCUAAAGCAAAAAAUCAACCACAAGGCCAGCUUGCUGCACUUUUGUACGGCAAAUUAGAUUAUGAUGACUUAUUCGUAGGGUCAUCGCCCUCCUCUUCAUCUACUGCUAUUUCUUCAGCGGCAGCAGUAACAGCAGCAUUAACGGGUUCUUCUUCUUAUUUAUUCGAUGAAGAUCAUCGUUCAAAUAGCGCACCGCCUACUCAACAAUUGCUGAAUUCUCGUCGCUUUAAUGAUAGCAUGAGAGAUCUUUCUCAGCAACAGCAAUGGCCACUAUGGCAGACUAAUAGUGAAGCUAUUACUCCUUACAAUGGUAGUAAUGAAGAUGGUGAGUUGAAAAAAAGAAAACUUAGGAUUCUUUGCGUUCGCCGUCAAAGGAAUUUGGUAGACUUGAUACAGCAGGUAAAAGACUUUCCCCGUACACCUUCUCCACUUUACUCUCUACAACUCCAACAGCAGCAACAGCAGCAGCAACAGCAGCAGCAAGGACGAUAUCGUAGCGAAGAUAAUGCGGGUUUGAAUGGGAGCAAUAGUGGGCUUAUUUUUGAUAAUCCAAGCUUAGGUGAUUUAGAUGCUAUUCAGAAGCAAUAUCAAGAUCAAUUAAACGCUCUGGAAUAUGAAGAAACUUUAAUGAACAGAAACCGUCAAAUGUCGACUCCCAACAGUGCACUCAUGUCACACCUUCACGGUCGUCAAUACCAGCAGCAAAAUGAAGGUGAUAUGUCCAGUAGUAAUUCCUUCGAUAUGUUUUCACCUCCUUUAAGAAACAAAUUAGUCAGUACAACUCCUCCUGCUCGUCCAAACUCCACACCUCCUGGACGAAAGUUGAUGCAAAAUAAUGAUAGCAGUAACACCUUAGUAAUGAAGAAUUUUGCUGCCUUAGAUUUGAAUGAUUCUAGCAAUUAUGGAAUGCCAUCCGACAAUCAGUAUUUGCAACAAGUCCAGCAGCAACAGCAGCAACCUAAUGCUAAUUACUCUGACGCUUAUUUUGGCAGUCCUUAUCAUAACUACAGCCAGACUUAUGUGAACGGCCUAUCAGUAACAGGAAUUUCUAAUGUGGACCUCCAUCCGACAACCAUGAACCAGUGGAAUGAAAGAGAGAUUGCUUCACGAAGACAGCAACAACAAAGUAAGAAUAAUAGCUUUAUUAUAGCUAAUAUGACUGGUCCCUUGACGGCACCUGCUGGUUUGGAUACAAUUGAUUUUCCUGAAGAUGCCCUUUCUAGUGCAACCGACAAGAAGCUACGCGCUCUGCAAAUGCAACAGCAGCAACUAUUAAUCCAGCAGCAGCAGCAACAAUUAAUAGCUGCCAGACAACAGCUCUUUUUGCAACAACAAAUGCAACAGCAGCAUCAUAAUGGUCACAUAACACGACAUUAUAAUAAUAAUAGUCAUAAUAGCCAUCACAACAACCAUCACAAUAACAGAAUGCAACAUCAACAUCAUCACCAUCACCAUCACCACCAUCAGCAACAGUCUUCUUCUUCUAACACUGCCUCUACUUCUACACAUGACCUCGCCAUGAACAUUCGCAGCCCAUUGCUUGAAGAAUUUAGAAAUGCCAAGAAUAAAAAGUACGAACUUAAAGAUAUUGCAAACCACAUCGUUGAGUUUAGUGGUGAUCAACACGGAUCACGUUAUAUUCAACAAAAAUUGGAGACCGCCAACAGUGAUGAAAAGCAAAUGGUUUUUGAAGAGGUCCUCCCUAACGCGUUACAGCUCAUGACGGACGUAUUUGGUAAUUACGUUUUACAAAAGUUUUUUGAACAUGGUAAUCAGAUGCAAAAGACUAUCUUGGCGAAGCAAAUGGAGGGUCAUGUCCUUUCGUUGUCGUUGCAAAUGUACGGUUGUCGUGUGGUACAAAAAGCGCUUGAACAUGUUUUGACAGAGCAACAGGCGACAUUAGUCAAGGAGUUAGACGGUUGUGUGUUAAAAUGCAUAAAGGAUCAGAAUGGAAAUCAUGUCAUUCAGAAAGCCAUUGAAAGAGUCCCGGCUCAACAUAUCCAAUUUAUUAUUGACGCGUUCCAUGGACAAGUGUACAACCUGGCCACACAUCCUUAUGGCUGCCGAGUCAUUCAACGUAUGUUUGAACACUGUACUGAAGAUCAAACUGGUCCUCUGCUGGAAGAGUUGCAUAAGUGUACCCAUCAACUGGUCCAAGAUCAAUACGGGAACUAUGUAAUCCAACAUAUUUUGGAGCGCGGACGUUUAGUCGAUAAAUCACUCGUUAUCGAUAAAAUCCGUGGCCAGGUCCUUACGCUGAGUAAACACAAAUUUGCCAGCAAUGUGGUUGAAAAGUGUGUUGAUUACGGAUCUAAGCGUGAUCGUCAAUUAUUGAUAGAAGAAGUUCUUCAGCCAAGAUCUGAUGGCACUUUGCCUUUAGUUUCAAUGAUGAAGGACCAAUAUGCUAAUUAUGUCAUUCAAAAAAUGCUGGAUGUUGUGGAUGAUGAUCAACGCGACUUACUUGUGAAUAAAAUUAAACCUCAUCUACAGUCUUUGAAAAAGUAUACCUACGGAAAGCACUUAAUACAGAGUAAGUUUGCUUAA